AUGAGACUCAGCGUUCUCGUAGUAUUCGCCUUUUUCUUGACAGGCACCUUCACCCAGCAAAACUUGUUAGACCGACUACCUGGCUGCGCUUUGGAAUGUCUUGAGGCUACUUUGCCUACGACGAACUGCUCACCAAGCGACGUCGACUGCCUCUGUGCCGAUGCAAACUUCAUGGCAGCUGCUGGCGCUUGUAAUGCGGCCAACUGUACUGUGAUCGAGAUGCUACAGUCCACCAACGAGACUUAUUCCGCCUGCGGCAUUCUCGUACGCGACCAGUCUGCCACGUUGAUGGGAAUGGUCGCUUCUUUCGGAAGUCUGGCCUUGUUGAUGGCUGCUCUGCGGGUGGCUGAUCGAGCCAUCUCCGCGCAUGCGCAGCUAGGAUGGGACGACUUGUUGAUUAGUCUGUCAGGAGUCUCGUCCAUCGGAAUGAAUGCGCCAGUCAUCGUAGCUGCUACUUUGGGUUUUGGAAGGGACAUGUGGAGCAUUCCACCUGACAAUAUCACCGCUAGCUUGAAGUGGCUGUAUGUCGCCUACUUCAUGUACCAGGUCGCCGAAGCCCUUUGCCAGCUCUCGAUCCUCGCCUUCUACAUCCGCAUCAUGGUCGACCCGAAGUUGCGGCUAGCUGUCUGGGUUCUGAUAGGACUCGUCACCUGCUUCGGGCUUGGAAAUACAUUUGCCAUGAUCUUCCAGUGCAUGCCCAUUCCCUUCUUCUGGGACGGCUGGAGGGGGGAGAUAUCCGGUAGAUGCGGCGUCAACGUGCAGUUGUUUGGCUUCAUUCGAGGUGGCGUCGAGAUCCUUCUCGACUUGGCUAUUCUGAUUCUACCUCUGCCCAUGCUGGCCAAACUGAACAUAUCAAGGAAAAAGAAGCUCCAGAUCAUGUCCAUGUUCUGUGUCGGUUUCAUCAUUACGAUUGUCAGCUGCCUUCGACUCCAGGCCUUUGUGCAAUUUGCUAAAACUCAGAACCCAACCUACGACAAUACUUCCGGUCUUUAUUGGUGCGCGACCGAAUCCAACCUCUUUACAAUCGUUGCCUGCAUGCCAGCCAUGCGUAGUAUCCUGCAUAAGGCAUCGAGGCGCUUCCGCGACAUCGGCAGCUACGCAAGUAAGGGUCACUACGGCCGUGACGGCCUAGGCAAAGGGUCGUACUUGCGUCAUGACUCCGAGCAGCAGCAAAGGUCUAGGUCUGGCAGUCUUCCAUUUGGUGUAAUCUCUAAGUCGACUGAUGUGAACAUUUACCACACAGAACGAUCGGAUUCGGAUGUUGAGCUAGUUGAUCGCCCACCUGGUACCUGA